AUGGAUGACUUCACGGUCUACGGGAAUUCCUUGGAAACAUGCCUCACCAACUUGGAUCUGGUAUUACAGAGAUGCAGAGAGAAGAAUCUAGUGCUGAACUUCGAGAAAUGUCAUUUUAUGGUACAUGAGGGAAUUGUUAUGGGCCACAUUAUCUCGGAAAAGGGUAUUCAGGUGGAUAAAGCAGAGGUAGACGUGAUCUCGAGGCUUUCUUAUCCUACAAGUCAAAAGGAAAUAAGGGGAUUUCUGGGCCACGCAGGAUUCUACCAAAGGUUCAUCAAGGACUUUGCAAAGAUCGCACAACCACUCACCCACCUCCUGCAGAACGGCGUAAACUUCAACUUUGACGAGGCAUGUCAAGGGGCCUUCCAACUUCUAAAGGAAAAGCUUGUAUCAGCCCCAAUCAUCAGAGCUCCAGACUGGAAUUAUCCCUUCGAGGUGAUAGUGUUCACUGAUCACGAGGCGAUAAUGUAUCUACUGGCAAAGAAGGAGUCCAAACCAAGAUUGAUCCGAUGGGUACUGUUACUUCAAGAGUUUGACUGGGAAGUAAAAGACAAGAAGGGUACUGAGAACAAGGUAGCAGAUCAUCUGAGCAGGAUUUUGCAAGGAAAUACUGAAGAAGCUAUACCAGAUGCAUUCCCGGAGGAGCAUCUGUGUUGCGUCCUAUCCAAUGGGAUAAAGUAA